AUGAGCGAAUUUCAUUUCGUGGUUAAUAACGCAAAUGAUACGGAUGAAGAAGUAUUCGCGAAAUAUUAUGAAUAUCCUUCUUUAGACGACUUUAAAGAGUUAAGUAAAUGUACGCCGUUUUUUCUUUUUCGUAUAAAGGUUAACAAAGCUUUGCAGAAGGGUGGAAGAGUAAAAACAGCAGGGGAAAUCUCUAGACUCGCGUCAAAAUUGUGGGAUACAAUGCAUGAUGAUGAAAAAGAUCAAUACGAACAAUUGUCAACUGUAUUAUCCCAUCAACCUGAUAAUUGGAUAAAUAUCUCUUCGACGCAAUACCUUCAAAUAUCAACUUCUAACGCUAACUCGAUUCGAUCCGAGUUAUCCCGUCAAAUUGUCGAUGUGUCAAAUAUCUCUUUGAUGGGUCACCCAAUUCCUAACGUUAACUCACCUGGAUUCGAGUUAUCCAGUCAACUUGUCGAAGUGUCAAAUGUUUCUUCGAUGGAACACCUAAAUUCUAACGUUAACUUGCCUGGAUCCGAGUUAUUCAGUCAAUUUGUCGAUGUGUCGACUAUCUCUUCGGAGGAACACCAAAUUCCUAAUGCUGACUCGCCUGAAUCGGAAUAUUUUAUAUAUUCCAAAGAGAUUUGGACUUACGAAGAUUCAAAUCUAUUUGUACUCGAUGGCGAAAUUUACAUUAUGUUAUAA